AAGGUCAAGCGCGUCUUCAUCACCGGAGGCACCCACGGCAACGAGGCGUGCGGCGUCGUGCUCGCCAAGCACUUUAUCAAGACGCCGCAGCUCUUUGCUGGCUUCUCGUUCGAGGUGAGUGUGCUGCUCACAAACGUCGCGUCCAUCGCGUCCAACAGCCGUUACGUAGACGAGGACAUGAACCGUUGCUUCUUGCAGAAGGACCUGUCCGACCCAACCAGGACCUCCACACUCGAGGCGAGGCGUGCCAAGGAGCUGAACGACGUGCUCGGCCCAAAGGGCUCGGCCGACGCAGCCGACCUGAUCAUCGACCUUCACAACACCACGGCCGACACGGGCGUGGCCCUCAUGAUGCCUCCCGGAGACGAGCUCAGCCACGCGAUCGCCUCUCACCUCAUCUCGCUCGACCCGAGCGUGCGCGUCUGCAACUGGAACGCCAACCAGAACGAUUGGCCGAUGUUGCCUUCCGUCGGCAAGCAUGGGAUGACCUUCGAGGUCGGCGCCGUGCCGUGGGGCGUGAUGGACGGCGCCGUCUACCAGAAGACGCGCCGGCUCGUCCUCGCCUCGCUGCAGUACGUCGAGGCGCACAACGCCGCCCUCGCUCGGCAGCCACCCGGGCCGUGGCUGCCGACCUCGGUGCAGGUCCACGCCUUCGUGCGCGCCGUCGACUACCCGCGCGACGCAGACGGCGAGAUCGCGGGUAUGAUUCAUCCGGACUUCCAGGGCAAGGACUUUGAGCCGCUGCAGCGGGGCGACGCCGCCUUCCUCUCGGUCGACGGACAGACGGCCAUCCCGUUCACGCCCAAGCCGCCCCCGGAGGAGGAGGCCGAGGCGGAGCAGCUGUAUCCCUUCUUCAUCAACGAGGCCGCCUACGUCGAGAAGAAGACAGCCUUCAUGCUCGCGAGGCGC